AUGGUCCUACCACACAACGAAACUGAGCCGCUUGAGGGGGAAGAUAAGAUUCAGGAGAGAUUGAAUGCUGUGACAGCGCGAGGCUGUAACAGAACCUGUAUCGACUGCAAUGUAUUGUAUCCAACUUGGGCAUCAAUACUUACGCCUGUCACUGAAGGAGGGCAGAGAAUUGCCGUCCUUUGCUGUUUUCAGUGUUAUGGUCAUCAUGUACAACUAGGAAAGGAUGUUUGCGAGGUCAAGAGCAUGAAGUUGGCUGCAGAUUGGACGGAUGCAGACAUGAAGGUCCUUGAAGAAACUGGCAAUGGUGCUGGAAACUGUGUAUACGAGGCCAGCAUCAAAGUUAUGGACGAUACCGAAAAGGAAAAGAUCUUGCGCCUCAAAGAAGAGGACAUGAAAGGAUUUAUCCAGGAGAAGUAUCAGCAACGCAAGUUCUUUAGCGAAAGGAUGUACCAUCACAUCUUUGACCGUCGUUCGAGGCAACGAAUGCGUGCCAAAGGGCUCAAGUCAAAGUCGCCAUGCCCAGAUGGAAUUCAUCGGUUAACUCCCUCCAGGACCAUUUCCCUAUUCGAAGACGCGGGCGAUCGUCGACAUGGCCUCAGGAAGUCCCACUCUGAUCGCCAUGCCGGUGGUUUCGGGAAGAUGCGUUCGGACGUCGGUACUGGCGAUAUCCAUCGGUCCCAUUACAGGGGCAAGUCAAGCCAGCGGAAUUCUGGUGAGAUUUCCAAAGGUUCCAAUCAUGGACGUGGUGAGAUUCCCAAGGGCUCCAGUCAUUCACAGGGAAGACGUACACGGUCGCCGAAGAUGAGUGGUAUGGAACGUCGAACUGAUGGCAUAAAGAGAUCGCGCUCGGCAGGAUACUUUGACAAGCAAUCGGGACGUGGUGCCGAAGAGCUCUCCCUCAGGAAUGCGGCGUUCGAUCGCUCAGGGCACCGUGACAAAGCCAAAUCAACUUCUCAUGCUGAAGGUGAUGGAAUCCCAUCGUCUUCUGGUCAUGGUGAACAGCGAAAUAGGAAGAAGGGGGAAAGGACUAAAGCAGUGCCAUCAAUCGAGGUGCAGCCUGCGACGGAUGCCUCAUCAGAAAACACUGGUCGUGAUCACAACCAGAGCGACAUGCCAAGCCUUCCCGGUGUGGGGAUGCCAAAGGAAAUCCCGUCGUCCUCUGGUCACAGUGAGAAGCGACAACGAAGGAAGGUAGAAAGAUCGGCUUCGAAAGUGGGCACGCGAGAGACCGAAGGAACCAAAACAGUUGAAGGCGCAGAUGGUGGUAGCGCCAGCAAGAGUGACCACUCCGGCAAAUCAACUUCGUCGAAAGAGAAUGAAAUCCCGUCUACCUCGGCGCACAGCGAGAGACGGACUCGGAAACGUGAGUCGAGGAAGAUAGAAAGGCCAGAGACGGCGAAACGAUCAAGUUCUGGGACCCAACGUCGAAGAAAGCCACCUGGCCAUCCCGGUGAGACGAGGCCCGUGGAAGCCCUCAAGCAAACAAACUCUGGAAGUCAACGUAGAAAAAAGACACCUGGCCAUUCGGGUGAGACAAGGCCUGGGGAAGCGCCCAAGCGAACAAAUUCUGGAAGGCAACCUCGAAGGCGGCCAAUAGAGCAACCGGAUGGACUGGCUUUGGGUGACCAGCCUCAAGGGAGCAAGGAGCUUCCCGAACGAUCUGCUUCGACAGGAGAAGGCCAGAAACCAAACAACCGCCCUGGUAUGGCAAGGAAAUCAAGCUCCUGCAGAAACCUCAUGCUAGGCAGUUCAGCCGACACACCACGACAGGGGCGUAGAAGGCUAAAACGCCGAAACUCUCUGGAUCACAAGAAUGUUUCUAGUGAAGAGCAGCCGACAGUCGGCAACGAGCCUAGUAAACUGGAUCGAAUCGCUUCACGUCGACAUGGCGGCCGCCGUUUGGGGCGGCGAGGAGUCGACGCAGGCACACCUGGCACUGGUCUUGAAGAUGGCAAUGAAGGACCCGUACUGGUAGAGGAGAGGGAUAGUCACACCACAGACAAGCUUCCCUCUCCAGAGGAGUUAGGUUAUGAAUAUGAACACGUCGCUGCUGAAGAGGAGGAGGAAGAAGAAGAACCAGCAAAAGAAAAGAAGAAGUCGUCGUGGAAGAAGAAGCUCGUCAAACUGGCCAAAGGAGGGCUGGGCGAUAAACACAAAGGAGAUCGGCCGUCAGCUGAGGACUCGCACUCAGUCCUCCACCCCACUGCUGGUGCAAUCCCGAAGAAUGCCCUCACGUUUGGUGCUAAGGUGGCCUAA